AUGGCCAAAGCAAUUCAUGAAAAAGAGCUGAUACUACAGGAGAAGCUGUGGAGUGUUGAGGAAAAAAUAAGACAAAAAAUCCAGAGAGACACAGCUGCAGGCGAUGACCAAAGACAUGAGGGGCAGAGGAUCAACAGGGGACACGCUCAGAUAAAAACCAGACUAGAGGAGCAGGAGGAGCUCAGACAGGACGGUGACAGAGACGCCGGCCUCCAGCUGCUUCCUUGCAGAGUCUGCAACAGAAAGUUUUCCAGCGAAAGAUUACAGAAGCAUGUCCAAAUCUGUAAAAAGGUGAAACAGUCCCAUCGUACAGUCUUCAACUCCUACGUUCACAGGACCAAAGGAUCCGCCAUAGAGGAGUUCUGGAAAACACACAGCAGGCCCAAGAGUCCAGAGGUUUUAAAGAAAAAGAACCAAAGACAAAAUCGAGAGGCAAAUGCAAAGAACCUGCGCGAGGGUCGACUCCAAGUAAGCCGACCAUAACUGACCCUGGACCAUCUGAACAAGAAGACAGUCGCACAUCAUCGUCUCAUAGUCUGUACUCUGAAUUAUUUGACUUGAAACCUUGUAAAAAUGUUACUACAUAUCUUUUGUCUUCAAUGUUUGAAUCUUUUCCCUAUUAACUAAACAGAA